AUGGCGGUCUUCUCAGGGUGCAUCGUUGCUGUCCUGGGAGUUUUACUCAUCAUGGUGGGGAUCACAGAAGCUGCUUCAGUCCGCUCUUCAUGCCCCCCUGGUUGGUUCUUUUAUAGAUCACACUGCUAUGCUGUCAGCAAGAACCCAGUGAAAUGGGCUGAUGCAGAGUAUGAGUGCGGAAGUUAUGGACAUGGAGCUCAUUUAGCUUCCAUCAUGGAUGAUUCUGAGGCAGCGAUCAUUGCAAGUCAUGUGUCUGCUAGCCAGGACAAAGACGGAGUGUGGAUAGGGCUGCAUGACCCUGACAAGAAUGGCCGUUGGAAAUGGACAGAUGGAUCCAUGUAUAAUUAUCAUGCCUGGAAAAAUGGUGUUCCAGAUAAUGCCAAAGGGAAAGAAUUUUGUGUGGUUCUAGGCAGUGGAUCAAAAUAUAAGAAAUGGAACGAUGUUGGAUGUGGAGGACUCAAGAACUAUGUCUGUAAAUUCAAGCCUUGAUAUCCGUUUACAAUAUGCUCUUUGUUUCAUGUUGCUUUAAUAAAUAUUUGCUCUUUAC